AGCGCCUGUCGAGUCCCCUCGACGCUAGGUUCAGAGAGCGUUACUGGGACCACCGGCUCAGACCAGAGGCAGACGCGUGGUCGAGCGGAAGCUGGUGGCACCGAAAGCGGCGGCCGGAGUCCGAGCUCCAAAGGCGGGAAGUACCCGGGAUCGGGGAAGCCCCGGGAGCAGCGCGGCGUCGCCUCCUUCACCCAAGGGGCCGCGGCGACGGUCACGGGGCGCGGCGCCAGAGCGCGCGACCCAGGCUGGGAUUCCAAACAGGCGGCCCAGGCUCCUCCUCCAUUCGGGCCGCCUCACCUGCGGGCAACGCUGCGCCGCCUCCGCCCGUAUAGACAGCACCUGCGUCGCCCGGCUCACCGGUCUCCGCCCCUCGACCGCCGGCGCCAGGCCCGGGCGGCGCACUUGGACUCGGGGCUGCGGGAGCCAAGGCUCUUGGGGUGCGGCGUCUUUGCCACCGCCCGGGGAGGGUGCAGGUGGAGCGGGCGCGGCUGCGUGGAACCCGGCGCCGGCCGCCUAAGCCGCAGUCGUCCCGGUCGCCGCCGGGUCCCGGGGACCGGGCUGUCCGCGCCCGCGCCCGGGGAGAAGCCGCCGCCAGCCGGGCACCAUGAACAGCAGCAGCGCCAACAUCACCUACGCCAGUCGCAAGCGGCGGAAGCCGGUGCAGAAAACUGUCAAGCCAGUCCCAGCUGAAGGAAUCAAGUCGAAUCCUUCAAAGCGGCAUAGAGACCGACUUAAUACGGAAUUGGACCGUUUGGCCAGCCUGCUGCCUUUUCCACAAGAUGUUGUUAAUAAGCUGGACAAACUUUCAGUUCUUAGGCUCAGUGUCAGUUAUCUAAGAGCCAAGAGCUUCUUUGAUGUUGCAUUAAAGUCCACCCCAGCUGACAGAAAUGGAGUCCAGGACAACUGUAGAACAAAAUUCAGAGAAGGCCUGAACUUGCAGGAAGGAGAAUUCUUACUGCAGGCACUGAAUGGCUUUGUACUGGUUGUCACUACAGAUGCUUUGGUCUUUUAUGCUUCUUCUACUAUACAAGAUUACCUGGGGUUUCAGCAGUCUGAUGUCAUCCAUCAGAGUGUGUAUGAACUGAUCCAUACUGAAGACCGAGCUGAAUUUCAGCGCCAGCUGCACUGGGCGUUAAACCCUUCACAGUGUCCAGACUCUGGACAAAAAAUGGAUGAAGCUAAUGGCCUCUCACAGCCAGCAGUCUAUUAUAACCCAGACCAGGUUCCUCCAGAGAACUCUUCGUCUAUGGAAAGGUGCUUCGUUUGCCGACUAAGGUGUCUGUUGGAUAAUUCAUCUGGUUUUCUGGCAAUGAAUUUCCAAGGGAGGUUGAAGUAUCUUCACGGACAGAACAAGAAAGGGAAAGAUGGAUCAAUACUUCCACCGCAGUUGGCUUUGUUUGCAAUAGCUACUCCACUGCAGCCACCAUCCAUACUUGAAAUCCGAACCAAAAAUUUCAUCUUUAGAACCAAACACAAGUUAGACUUUACACCUACUGGUUGUGAUGCCAAAGGAAGAAUUGUUUUAGGCUAUACUGAAGCAGAGCUAUGCAUGAGAGGAUCAGGAUAUCAGUUUAUUCAUGCUGCUGAUAUGCUUUACUGUGCUGAGUACCAUAUCCGGAUGAUUAAGACUGGAGAGAGUGGCAUGAUAGUGUUCAGGCUUCUUACGAAAGACAAUCGAUGGACUUGGGUGCAGUCGAAUGCACGCUUAGUUUAUAAGAAUGGAAGACCAGAUUAUAUCAUUGCAACUCAGAGACCUCUAACAGAUGAAGAAGGAACAGAGCAUUUACGAAAACGAAAUCUGAAGUUGCCUUUUAUGUUUACCACUGGAGAAGCUGUUUUAUAUGAGGUAACCAACCCUUUUCCUCCCAUAAUGGAUCCCUUACCAAUAAGGACUAAAAAUGGUGCUGGUGGAAAAGAUUCUGCUACCAAGUCAACUCUAAGUAAGGAUUCCCUCAAUCCCAGUUCCCUCCUGAAUGCCAUGAUGCAACAAGAUGAAUCUAUUUAUCUCUAUCCUGCUUCAAGUAGUACACCUUUUGAAAGAAACUUUUUCAAUGACUCUCAGAAUGAGUGCAGUAAUUGGCAAAACAAUGUCGCACCAAUGGGAAGUGACAAUAUCCUGAAACACGAGCAGAUUGGCCAGUCUCAGGAAAUGAACCCAACCCUCUCUGGAGAUCACGCAGGGCUCUUUCCAGAUAAUAGAAAUAGUGACUUGUACAGCAUUAUGAAACACCUAGGCAUCGAUUUUGAAGAUAUCAAACACAUGCAACAGAAUGAGGAAUUUUUCAGAACUGACUUUUCUGGUGAAGAAGACUUCAGAGAUAUUGACUUAACAGAUGAAAUUCUGACCUACGUCGAAGACUCUUUAAAUAAGUCGGCCUUGGGGUGUUCAGGUUACCAUCAGCAACAGUCCAUGGCUCUGAACCCAAGCUGCAUGGUACAGGAGCACCUCCAGUUAGAACAGCAAGAGCAGCUACAGCAGCAUCAGAAGCACAGAGCAGUGGAGCAGCAGCAACAGCUGUGUCAGAAAAUGCAGCAUAUGCAAGUUAAUGGCACGUUCGCAAACUGGAACUCGAACCAAUCCGUGCCUUUUAAUUGUCCUCAGCAAGACUUACACCAGUACAAUGUCUUUUCAGACGUACCUGUACCUGGGACCAGUCAAGAGUUGCCCUACAAAUCUGAGAUUGAUACUAUGCCUUACGCACAGAACUUUAUUCCCUGUGGUCAGUCUGUGUUGCCGCCACAUUCUAAGGGUACACAGUUAGACUUCCCCAUCGGGGAUUUUGAACCAGCCCCAUACCCUACAACUUCUUCUAAUUUAGAAGACUUUGUCACAUGUUUACAAGUUCCUCAAAGCCAAAGGCACGGACUCAAUCCACAGUCAGCCAUAGUAACUCCUCAGACAUGUUACGCCGGGGCUGUGUCAAUGUACCAGUGCCAGCCGGAAGCUCAGCACAGCCAUGUGGCUCAGAUGCAGUACAACCCAACAAUGCCAGGCCCGCAGGCAUUUUUAAACAAGUUUCAGAACGGAGGAGUCUUAAAUGAAACCUAUCCAGCUGAAUUAAACAGCAUAAAUAACACUCAGCCUACCACCCAUCUUCACCCGUCAGAAGCCAGACCUUUCUCUGACUUGACAUCCAGUGGAUUCCUGUAAUUCCAAGCCCACUUUUCAUCUUGGUUUUUUGAUUAAAUUCGUUUGUGAAACAUUAUUAGGGAGUAAUAAAACUGUCAUUGUUGGAUGUUAGCAAGUUCACGUGGAGGCACUGAUAUAUGUAGUUCUCACUGUUUUUCCAAACCAAAUUUUAAUGGUUUUAUAAGAGGAGUUAAUUACAUAUAUUACCAUCAUUAAAAUAGAAAGUAUGCUGCCACAGAGGAGUGAAAUAAUCUACACUUUAUAGUAUUCUGAGAUACCACAGAAUAUACAAAACUUAUUCAGGGGGACAUUAUGACACUUUUAAAUAAGAACUUUUUCUCUGUUGGAAUUAUUUCUGUCAGAAUAAAAUGAAAUACUUCGAGUUUUGAACUUCAACAUUCUUAUUAGUGUACCAAAUAUGAACUAUUUUCUUUUAUUUGUAGCUUCUGCUUUCAUCUCAGAUGUUAAAAUGAGUGGUUCGGUGCUUUUAUAAAAAGAUAAUCUCAGUGCUCUCCUCCUUCCUUGGUAAUGUAAGUGCCUCACAAUUUUUUCUACCUAUAACACUGUAUGAGUAUGUUUUAUAUAAAAUAUACUUUCUCUUUUUAAAAUUAAUAACAUUCUGCACACAAAUAUUAUCAGUGUUUCUUAAAUUCAGUCGUUUUUAUUAAUCCAGGCAUGUUUUAACUGCGCUACUCACCCACUUUCUUCAGGUAAAGGGCAAAAAAUGGUUGAAAAGUUAAUUAUUUAAUCUCGUCGUUUCCAGACUUUAAUGUUGCCGUGUGCCUUAUGUUGAAAAAUUUUGAAAGGGAAGAUGUCUUUCCAAAUUAUUUUUUAAUUAUCAUAUAAAUAAGACAGCAGCACUAAAAUUUCAGCAGUUUUCAGAAGUAAGAGAUAUACCACCAUUUAGCUUUACUAAAAUCUCCACCUUAAUAGUUGAAUGUUGCAGUGUAAAGAAUCUGCUGUUAAAUGCUACAGCAUUUAACUUAAAAUGAAGAGAAGCAGCUUUACUUUUAGCUCUUUAAUAAGUAAAGCACCCAUUUCAAUAUGUAUAAAUUCUUUAAAAACUGUUGUAGAUCUGUGAUCCUUUAAGAUGUUGGAAUAUGUUCACUAUAAAUUUCACUUCUUAGUAUAGUGGAAACUGUUUUUCUCAUAUUUGAGGAGUGUUAAGAUUGAAUAUAGCAAUGUUUGGUGCAAAGUAUUGGUAUGAGUGAAAAGAAUGGUGCAUUGUAUAGUUUAUAAUGAACAAAAUUAUUUGUAAAAUAUUUUCUUUCAUUUAAAAAUAGUGCAUACCUUAUAUAUGCACGUAAAUAAUUUGUUUGGGUCUUAACAUAUUUUAUCAGUGUGUCUUUUUAAGAUAGCAAAUAAUGAAUCCAACUUCUUUCAAAAGUUGGUAUUAAGAAAAAGACAAUCAUGCAGUUCUCUUAACUUCAAGUAUUAGGUUGUUUCUGAUAUGAUGACCUCUAUUAUCAAUAAGGCAAAUUAAUCAGGCUAUUAAUUUAACCAUCCUCAGGUAACUUAAAAGUGCCACCAUCUGCCUUUCUUUUAUUUAAAUAUGACAUCUGGAAAGGCACAGACACAUUUUGCACGUAUUAUAUAAAAACGUGAUGGAAUCCCACACUGAAAUGUAGUAUUAAAAUACAUGUUUUUGUUAUGUUUUUUAGUAAAUUAAUGUAUAUGAAAGUGACUUCAGACAAAAUAUCUACAUCAGUUUUAUGCAUUUUCAGACAAAAUUUUGAACCUGUAGAAUCAGUUUAAGAGUUGAAAAUAAUAAAUUUGUCUAAAACAUUUCAUAAUUUGUUUCCAGCAUGAGGUAUCACUAAAGAUUUAGACCAGUGAUCCAGAUUAAUAUUCCAUUUUCACAUUUAAACCUUUCAUUAAAAGUCUUCAUAUAAACCAUUUUUGUUAGUCUCUUCCACAUGUUACUGAAUGGUUUAGUGGGGGAAAAAAUAGGCUUUUUAAAUUGUGAAUAUAAUGACAAUCAAGUAUACACUUAUAAAAUUUAAAAAACUUAAAGCAAUAUCGUAUAUUUUUAUCUAUAAAAGUAACUAAAAUUUAUCUAAGAAUAGUAAAAUCACAUUAAACCAAAUACACCUUUGUCUGUACUGCUAAGUGCCAAACAAAGGAAGAAUGGCUUGUGUACUGCUGUAUUGAGGGAUUUAUUUUUAGAUGAUGUGCACUUCUGAGGAUGUGAUGUGCCUCAUUUGAUCUUUUUCCUAUGCCAGGUUGUUCCUACAGUACCUGAAGAUUUACCAGUGUUCCAAUGUAUUAUAUAGCUUUCAAUCAUUGCUAUGCUCAAACUAGUGUUUUUCAGUAUUACUAAAUUUGAGGUAAAUGUUUUCAUGGGUAUUCUCUCCUUCAAGAUGUUAAUGCUUACAUGUGCCAUGAAUACAUUUUUGUUUAAAAUAUGAUUUGUAAUAAAUAUCCUUCAUUAUCAAAAAAUUGUACACAAUAAUAUAUAUGGUAAUAAAAUAAUCACCAGGUAUGAAUAAUAUGUUUUAAGGCAAAUUCUUCUUUCUGGUCCACAUAAAGGAAGUGAGUACUUAAAGUAUAGUGUUAUAUUAGAUGAAAGCAGUCUUCAAUAUUUAAGGAUAGGUUAAGUCAAUAAUUCAUAUUUAAGGAUAGGUUAAGUCAAUAAUUCAUAAACUUCUUAUAAAGUUCUGCCCCUGGAUAUUUUGGCCUUGACAGGAAUAUAAAAAAAAAAA